AUGUUACUCCAUUCUUGUAAGGAGACUUCGCAAUUACCAGAGGUAAUAGCCAGGAAAAAUGGACAUGAGGAGACUGCAAAGUUCCUUGCAGACAUAACUAAGAGGUAACUUUAAAAAUUCUACUUUUUUUACCUGGUUGUAAACUAUCUUCAUAAAUUGUCAGAGAUGCCUUAAAAUGCGAGUAUUAGACAACUUCCAUCCUUUCUACUAGACCUUAUUGACCAUUGCAUGAAGAGAAAAAGUUGGCGCAUAGUUUUUCUUGGUUUUCCUCUCCUGGGCCGAGUUGUUCAAAGCUGGGUUAAGAUAACCCAGGGUUAGUGUGAGAUUUGAAUUCAGAUUUGAAAGCUUAAAAAGCAUUUCAGUUUUAAUUCUUUUUGUCUACAGGUUCAUGAUUGGAAGCUCUAAAAAUAACAGAGAAAAUUAUCCCAGAAAAUACUUUUGAACAUAAGAAAAAGGAAACCGGGGUUAAAUUUAACCCCGGGUUAAGCGCUAAUCGGCCUUUGAACAACUGGGCCCAGGCGUUAAACAUUAAAAGGUCUAAUCAAACAAAAAUAUGAUUCACAAAAUGGGGUCUUGCAAGCUUUACAACAUCAAGCCGCUUACCCUACUAUACUUUCCCUGUGUUUAUUAAUGAUAACAAGAUGAUCGAAGCAAAGAUGCAUAUAUAAUGCAAUAAAAGCCGACAUCGUUAUCUGUCGUGUACUGUCUCUACAGAUUCUCUGAGGAUACAGAGUUUUUCCCAGACGAUGUUCAGAAGAUUGACUGGUCGGAGCUUGUUUUUCUUGUUGAAAGAGCUACAGAACAAAAGAUUGGUGGUAAGAUUUAUGUUUGUGUUUUGUCUUUCCUUUUUGUUUGUUUUGUUCUUUUUCCUUUUAAGGUGUGGUUAUUAACAAGUAGAUCGGUUAAUAGUUAAUAUAGUAAUUGGCGGCAUGUUUAAACUAAAAUCUUUCAAAUCCUCUCUGAAACUGCUCUCUUAUUUAUUCAUGAAGUAAAGAGGUAAAAUCGGUGUACAAACUAACUGCAGAAAAACUUCUGUAAGCAAGGAGGUUUCCUAUAUUUGUUUGUUUGUCUGCUUGUUUGCUUAUUUUUUAUUUUGUUUUUUUUUGUUCACUUUACUUUUUUUUAUUGUAGUUUUGUUUUGUUUUUUUGUCCUUUUUUUUCUGAUUAGACUGUUCACAGUCCCCUCUUUUUUCCGUAAGAUCGACAAGAUCGAGCGCUUUGCGUUACGGGCGGCCAUAUUGAAUGAGUGUCAAAACUACACAGGGGGUGGGGGCCGCCCCCUAAGAAGUUUUAACACUCAUCCAAGUUAGCUGCCCGUAACGCAAAGCGCUCGAUCUCGACGAUCUUACGGAAAAAUAGGGGACUGUGAACAGUCUAUUUUUUCAUGUGACUUGGUGGCUGUUUCUACAUACUGCAUACCUGGCACACACCGAGCACUGAGGUAUCAUUCAUUAAAUGUCUUUGAUUGAAACAGGUAUUGCUGUUGACCAAGAAAACUAUCAGGCUGAGAAUGAUUUGACCAAUAAUACAGGCUACUUUGGGGAUGUUGAGACGUCUUCCGGUAAUCUGUCACCUCAAUCGAAGUCUGAUUCUGACGAUAACAGCUCAGAAAUAUCUUUUGAAGGUAUUAAUAGUAUUAACUCUUCAUAUGAUCAAACUGAUAUCAAACGUUAUAAAAUUAUGUUGUUGUUGUUGUUGUUGUUGUUACAUUGUUUGUUUGUUUUCAGUCAUGGCUACCCAGUAAAAGUUUAGGAAAGAACCAGUUUUAGAAAAAUUCAUGAGUAUUUUCUUUAAAUGUAAAUAGAGACCUUUAGAUUCUAGGAUGAGAAUGACUACGAGUACGAGAUUUCACUAAAUUUUUUUUCGCUAUUCUCAAAUAAUAGACACCCCGGAUAGCUUCAUUGUACAUCUUUUUCACCAAAAAUAUUAGCACUGUUUUCUUUAUUGGGUGAGGUUAAGCUAUUUCCCAGCCGCAAAAUAAUACAACCUAUAACACUUUGUAACUUGUGCCCGUUAACAGGACAUUCUCGCUAAAACUAGUAGUGAAUGACGACGACUAUCACGUUUUCCUCCCAAAAUGACGCUGGUUCACGCACGCUCUUACUACUUAGUAUUGAGAAAAUCUCGUACUCAUAGUCGUGCUCGUCUGCGAAUCUAAAGGUCUCUAAUAAGAGGUUUUUAUACAACGAAGAUUAAGUAUUUUAUUCCUAAUCCAUCUGAUUUAUUCAAUUUGCUAAAGUUUCCCUACAACUAACUCUAAUUAAAGUCAGUUGCCACUAAAAUAGUUUAUGCAUUUAAAGGGGUAUGUUACGCUUUUUUCUAUCUUUUUAACGUGUCUUCGCGCCAAUUGAAUUCCAAAAUAAUUUUGAAGGUUUCUUGUUAAAGAAUAUAUUUAGGCUUUAAAACUUUUUCCUGUCGUCCUGUUUCUGUGGAUGGAAAGGAUAAACGUGGAUUAAAACUUGAAACCUCUUCACGUUUUACUGCUAUGCCUGCAAAAAUAACCAAAACAGUUGUACGGUUAUAGCUCUUUAUUUAAAAUUAUUUGGUAUCUUCUUCAUAACUGUAAAGGAAAAGGCUUUCAGUAAUGACUUCAACACAUACUUCGAUUUGAUUCUGUUCAACUGAAAUGACCAAAUCUGCAAUAUUCUCGUGACAUAGCUCCUUUAAGUACGUAGUGUCUUUUAGUCCUAUCUCUCUGUUUCAAAUCCCAGAUUCCUUUGACUAAUUUCAUCCCCGCAUAACAGGUUCUUUUGAAGAAGAUGAAACUCAGCCGAACACAGACGCUUUCAAAAAGUACAGUGAUGAAAAACCAGACUUGCCCUCCCCUGAUCUUUCAGAUGUAAACUUUCCCAAAGAAGGUAAGAGUCUGCUUCAUUAA